CUGCUCCUAUUUAAUAUCCCCCCCCCCCUUCACGAUAGUCAUAGCCCUUUCCACUCGCAAGUGUACCCCUAUUCCCCCGGCCUCCCUGACUUGAUCAUCUCGGAUCGCGGAGGAACGCGGAACCAUUGCUAAUCAAUUCCUCCGUCCAGACGAGUCAGCAGUUUCUCUUCCAGCAAACAAACACUCAAAUUCGAAAUGCAGUCAUUCGUUUUCACCGCUUUUCUUGCCGUCUGCUCUGUCCUGUCUGUGUCUGCGCAGACGUAUCCUCCUUUCAAUGUCUCCGCUGUGUAAGUCUGCUAUUGGGUUAUUGUUAACUAUUCCUUGGAUACGGCUAAUACGGGCCUUGUUGUGAUGCUAGUCCAGAGGCCAUUAGGACCCAGUGGUGCAAAGCCCAAACCGCUGCAUGCCCUCUUUUGUGCGGUGAUCAGGAUAAGACUGCCGCACAGAACAAGUGCUUCCCGGUGAGUUACCACCCUGCGUAAAUCCCCAAAUAUAUUCUAACAGAUCCCUAGGACAAUCUCUUUUACGACUGUGUUUGCAAUGAUGGCACCAUGCCCAAUUUGACCGAGUAAACUUCUCCCUUUUAUCGAUUCAAAGGUUUGCCCAGAAUGCAUAUAGCUGAUUAUUUACGCCAGGUACUCCCAAACUAUCCCUUACUUCCGCUGCCAGGCCGAGGUCAAGGGUUGCUCCGAUGCCUGCACCGGUAACUCGAAAUGUCAGUCCGAGUGUACCGCAAAUAGGCCAUGUGGUGCUACCGAUCCUCAGCGUCUCAAUACCUCUACCAUCACCAGCACCAAAAGUGCCUCCAAGACUUCUGCACCCACAGUGUUCACCACCACAGAUGCCAAUGGUUUUGUAGUCACUGGUACCACUGCUGCUGGUUCGUCUGGAUCAAACUCAAACAGUGCUGCCGGAAGUCUUAUUAUGGAGGCUGGUAGUGCGUAUGGCCUGGGAUUCGUUGUUGCUGGUAUCGCCAUUGGGGCUGCCCUUAUUGGCGUCUAAGGCUUUGUGGAAUGGUGGAGGUAUGACGGAAAUCAAAAUUGGUGUGGCUUGAUACAAUGAUAUGGGCAAAUAAUUCUCUCUGAUGUUCUGGCUUUGUACCCUUCGUGAUCAUAUCUUUUUCCUUUUAAUGCUCCUUUUUCCUCUCAUCCAACAUAUUUAAGCUUUAAGGUUCCAGAUCAUUGAGCAUCGCAUGUCAUUUUCAUUCUCUGUUCCUAGUUUUCCUUCUCUCUAUCUUUUUUUUUUUUUUUUUUUCCACUACCUCACCGUCGUGGAACUGUAUUAUUUUUUUUUUUUUUCCUUCAAAACGGGCAUGUAUUUGGACAAACGUGUCAGCUUAAUGAACGAAGUAAAGCGGAUACUCCCGGACCGUUACCGUACAAAUUUGCGCAUUGUGAGUGUGAUUUGAUUUGCCAGGUUACGGUAGCGUGAUCCUUUUUCAAUCGAACGAUAAAAAAAGCCCGCCACCAGAAGUCUCGGAGAAACUCUUUCCACCAGCCCGCCCGCCGUGUUACAUUACAUUUAAGGCUCCAACAGAAGCGCGGAAAUAACGGCAACCAGUCCCAUUGCCGGGCGUGCGGUUGAUCUGCAGCAGCAGGAGGA